UUUCUUUCUCUACUUCUUUCUCUUCCGCCAGAGAGAGAAAUUCUCUCUUUUCUCCACUCCACGUCUCCACCAGUUCACAAUUUCGUCCCAUUGGUUCAAGGCAAGGCAAAGGUUAUUAAAGCAUCUGAGCUUGUAUUAGGGUUUUGAAAUCUCAAAAUCAAAACCCUAAUCCAAACUCAGGAAAAGGCAGAUCUAGUAUGGUUCCCUAUCCUCUCCGCAAUGGUAGAGACAUUUUAGCUAUUCCAAUUUCUACAGUUGCCUCAGAGUGUGCUUUUAGCACAAGUGGAAGAGUCUUGUCUAACUUUAGGAGUUAUUUAUCUCCUAAAACAGUUGAGGCUCUACUCUGUACCCAAGAUUGGUUAAGGUCUAGGGGGGGACCUAUUCUUAUUGAUGAAGAAGAUAUUGACAAUAUUGAGGCAAUUGAGAAAGGUAAUAACAUAUCUAACUUCUUUUAUAAAUCCUAAUCCUGUUUUUUCUUUUCUUUUCUUGUCUUUAUAGCUUAUACCCUGACUUUAUGUUUAACUUGGUUAUGACUUAUGAAUUUGACUUGUGUACUUUUACUUUGUCAAAUUCUGAUGGGAGCUCUCCAAAUUAUGUUGUUCUUGAUGACUGAUCUAAUAUGGCUCUGCAAAUGUUUUUUUUGCUAAUAUGGUUUUUUUUGUUAAUAUGUAUUACAUCUCAAACACAAACAGUACAUAGUGUUUAAUGAUUCUUAUAGUCUUUUGCACAGCACUCACUAUCACUAACUAUACUCAGCUUAGCUAAGGCACUUAACAAUGGGAACUUAGAAAGCUGUGAAGAAUCAGUGGAUUCAUUGCAGGCCAAGUUUUUGUGUUUUUUGUUGAUGAACUUGGUCUUCUUCUCUUAGACCGGUAGUUGAUAAAUAUGUCUAGUGUCUGUUGAGCUGAAUGUUGGCUUAUUGGUUGUAGUCAUAGGCCAAUUAUUUGCUUUUUGUUUUUGUAAACUUGAUCUACUUGCACAAUAUGAUUAGUCUUAUAAUCUUAUGAACUCAUUUAUGCAUGCAUGUUGCUUUUAUAUUCUUCAAAUUUGGAAAUGCGAUAUGAAUGCUUAUCUAUGAGAAUGGUUAUCUAUGAGACUAGGAGUUUACUGUUUUAUAAUAUAGUUAAUUAAUUCCU